GCGUCCGGGGAGAGCAUCGCGACGCUCUGGGGCGUCCGGGAAGAGCAUCGCGACGCUCUGGGGCGGCUGGGGAGAGCAUCGCAUGCUCAGGGGCGUCCGAGAAGAGCAUCGCGACGCUCUGGGGCGUCCGGGGAGAGCAUCGUGAUGCUCAGGGGCGUCCGGGAAGAGCAUCGCGACGCUCUGGGGCGGCUGGGGAGAGCAUCGCGACGCUCUGGGGCGUCCCGGGAGAGCAUCGCGAUGCUCAGGGGCGUCCUAGGAGAACAUCGCGACGCUCUGGGGCGUCCGGGGAGAGCAUCGCGACGCUCUGGGGCGUCCGGGGAGAGCAUCGCGAUGCUCCGGGGCGGCUGGGGAGAGCAUCGCGAUGCUCUGGGGCGUCCGGGGAGAGCAUCGCGAUGCUCUGGGGCAUCCGGGGAGAGCAUUGCGACGCUCUGGGGCGUCAGGGGAGAGCAUCGCGACGCUCUGGGGCGUCCGGGGAGAGCAUAGCGUCAGGGGAGAGCAUCGCGAUGCUUUGGGGCGUCCGUGGAGAUUAUUGCGACGCUCUGGGGCGGCUGGGGAGAGCAUCACGACGCUCUGGGGCGUCCGGGGAGAGCAUCGCGACGCUCUGGGGCGUAUGGGGAGAGCAUCGUGAUGCUCUGAGGCGUCUGAGGAGAGCAUCGCGACGCUCUGGGGCGUCCGGGGAGAGCAUCGCGACACUCUGGGGUGUCCGGGGAGAGCAUCGCGAUGCUUCGGGGCGGCUGGGAAGAGCAUCGCGAUGCUCUGGGGCGUCCGGGGAGAGCAUCGCGACACUCUGGGGCGUCCGGGGAGAGCAUCGCGACGCUUUGGGGCGUCUGGGGAGAGCAUCGCGACGCUCUGGGGCGUCCGUGGAGAGCAUCGCGAAGCUCUGGGGCGUCCAGGGAGAGCAUCGCGAUGCUCCGGGGCGGCUGGGGAGAGCAUCGCGAUGCUCUGGGGCGUCCAAGGAGAGCAUUGCGACGCUCUGGGGCGUCCGGGGAGAGCAUCGCGAUGCUCUGGGGCGUCCGGGGAGAGCAUCGCGACGCUCUGGGGCGUCCGGGGAGAGCAUCGCGACGCGUUGGGGCGUUCGGGGAGGGCAUCGCGACGCUCUGGGGCGGCUGGGGAGAGCAUUGCAAUGCUCUGGGGCGUCCGGGGAGAGCAUCGCGACGCUCUGGGGCGUCCGGGGAGGGCAUCGCGAUGCUGUGGGGCGUCCGGGGAGAGCAUCCCGACGCUUUGGGGCGUUCGGGGAGAGCAUCGUGAUGCUCCGGGGCGGCUGGGGAGAGCAUUGCGAUGCUCUGGGGCGUCCGGGGAGAGCAUCGCGACGCUCUGGGGCGUCCGGGGAGAGCAUCGCGACGCUCUCGGGCGUCCUGGGAGAGCAUUGCGACGCUCUGGGGCGUCCGGGGAGAGCAUCGCGACGCUCUGGGGCGUCCGGGGAGUCUGCGCAUGUUGAUUCGCGAGCACGCUCCCAUGCAGACACAUCAGAGGCUUCGGUUCGACAUCCCUCAUCUUGUCCCGCUCUCGCCUUAUUUUCUCCCGCUCUCGCCUCAUCCCUUUCCCCUCCGCUCUCUGCUCAUUCCCCUCGCUCUCCCCUCGUUCCCUUCUCGCUCUCAUCUCAUUUCCCCCCUUCUCUUCCCUCAACUUCCCCUCCUCUUUCCCCAUAUAACCUACUCCCGGAUCUCCUUUCUCCUUCUCCUGCUCACCCCUCAUCACCCUCUCUCUCGCCCCUCAUCUCCCCCGCUCUCCCCUUUUCUCCUUUCUCGCCCAUCUCUCAUUCCACCUCCACUCCCCCCCACCUCCCCCCACUUACCCCGCGUUUCUCCCCCGAUCCGCUCACCUUCUUGCCACUCACACCCCUCAGCUUCUCCCCUCGUGGCAUAACAACAGGGGGAUGGAGUGGUGGAACAGCCGCCAGUGCUGCGACCAGGGGUAUCAUUUGA